UUCUCUGCGCAUUUUACCAGAUAGGACGUCGUGCUGAAGACGAAGAGCCGACCCUUCUCUCUUUCUCCACCCGUACCCUCCCAAGAUGUCUUAAUCGAAGAUCUACUUUAUAUGAGGAGAAGCUGUACCCCACAUGAGGUACUCCCAUGCCGGCUUAUGUCCCAACGAAAUGAAUCCAAACUUAUGGGUGGAUGCUCAGAGCACCUGUCAAAGAGAGUGCGAAGCCGAUCAAGAAUGUGACCCUCAUGAAAAAUGUUGUCCUAAUGUCUGUGGAACCAAGAGCUGUGUGGCAGCUCGAUACAUGGAUGCGAAGGGAAGGAAAGGACCUGUGGGGAUGCCCAAACAGGCUACCUGUGACCUCUUCAUGUGCAUUCAGCAGGGUUCUCAGUGUGACAUUUGGGAUGGGCAACCCAUCUGCAAAUGCAAAGAUAGAUGUGAGAGGGAACCAAGUUUUACCUGCGCCUCCGACGGGCUCACCUACUAUAACAAGUGCUUUAUGGAUGCGGAAGCUUGCGCCAAGGGAAUCUCUUUAACCGUAGUCACUUGCAAAUAUCACCUUACCUGGCCACACACCAGUCCUCUUCCAUCAGAGACAACAGCCAACCCAACCAUCCCAUCAGCUGAAACAGCCAUUGUAAACUUGGUUCCUCCAGUUCUGGUGAACAACCCUACUCACAAGACUGUCAACGUUGGGGACACUGUCAGCUUUCAUUGCGAUGUUACUGGAAAACCUAAACCGGAAAUAACAUGGGAAAAGGAAGGAAAGGAAAACCUAGUCAUGCGGCCCAACCAUGUGGUUGCGAACAUAGUGGUCACCAACAUUGCACAGCUAGUUAUCUAUAAUACGCAACUACAAGACACCGGAGUCUACAUAUGUACAGCCAAAAACAGUGGUGGCAUCAUCAAGAUCAACUUUCCCUUAGCCGUCAAAGAGGAACCUGCCAAGGAAAAGUCAGGAAAUCAAACUUUUUUUCCAACUGAUGAGUGCCUAAAGCCCCCGGACAGUGAAGACUGCGGCGAAGAGCAGACACGAUGGUAUUUCGAUGCCAAGAAAAAUAAUUGUUUUAUCUUUGUUUAUGGCAAUUGCAACAGUAACAUGAAUCAUUUCGAGACCUAUGAGUCAUGCAUGUUGACGUGUAUGAACGGACCUGUCAACGUUUGUAAUUAUCCCGCCCUCCAAGGUCCAUGCAAGGCAUACGAGCCAAGAUGGGCAUUCAACAAGCUAUUGAGCCAGUGCCAAUCUUUCAUUUACGGUGGGUGUGCUGGCAAUGAAAACAACUUUGAAAGCAAAGAAAUGUGUGAGGAAUCCUGCCCGUUCCCCAAAAACCAGAAGUGCAAAAUCUGCAAGCCUCGGCAGAAGCUGGUCACUAGCUUCUGUAAAAGUGACUUUGCCAUCCUUGGACGUAUAGUAGAGUUGACAGAAGAGCAAGAAUCUGGACUUGCUCUUGUUUCGGUGGAAGAAAUCCUAAAGGAUGAGAAAAUGGGACUGAAAUUUUUGGGAAAGCAACCACUUGAAAUCACUCUUCUCAACAUGGACUGGAGUUGUCCAUGCCCCAAUGUCACCACUGUUAGUAGUCAGCUCAUAAUCAUGGGUGAUGCACAUAAUGGUAUGGCAGUCCUACAGCCACACAGCUUUGUCGGCAUGUCAAGUGCCCGUCGUGUGCGAAAACUUCGAGAAGUCAUCCACAAUAAAACUUGUGACCUCCUGAAAGAAAUUUUAGGGCAGCCAUGAUAUAUUGAUGAUCAUAGAGCACGUAUAAUAAUUAAAGGAAUGUAUUUUUCAGAAAUUACUAAUAUGUCAACUUUGAAUUAAAGAGAAA